AUGGCGACGCACUUCAUCUCGUGCCUGGACGGCACCAUCCUGGCGUCGAGCCACCCUGUCAUCACGUCCUACUUUGGCAGCAGCCACAGCGCCUCGUGGCUGUCGACGGCGUAUUUGCUCGCCUCGACCGCCUUCCAGCCGCUGCUGGGCCGCGUGUCCGACGCCGUCGGCAGGCGGGGGCCUUACCUCGUCACCAUCGCCGUCUUCGCCGUCGCAACCGCCUGGUGCGCCCUCGCCCGCACCGUGACCAGCUUCAUCCUCGCCAGGGCCGUGUGCGGCCUCGGAGCGGGCGGCAUGAUGACCAUGGGCAGUAUCAUUGUGAGUGAUAUCGUGCCGAUUGAGAUCCGCGGGAGCUUUCAGUCGUACAUCAACAUCACCUGGGGUGUAGGGUCGAUGCUUGGCGCUGCGCUGGGCGGCGUCAUGGCUGAUUACCUGGGAUGGCGGUGGGAGUUUGGUGUGCAGGUGCCGCUCCUUGUAGCGUGCCUGGUCGUUGCCAGCUUCGUAGUGCCGAGCGAUAUUGGCCUGUACGGUAAGGAGAAGCAGACAUUGAGAGAAGCCAUGCGGACGUUUGACCUUAAGGGGUCCGCUCUGUUGACCAGCUCCGUGACCUUCCUCAUCCUUGGCCUGAAUCUCGGCGGAAACAUCAUCCCCUGGUCGCAUCCCUUCGUCAUCGCCUCACUCGCCAUCUUUGCCGUCUCCUUCCCGCUGUUCCUCCUCGUCGAGAGGCAUGCCGCCAAGCCCAUCAUGCCCAUCCACCUCGUCCUCAAGUCGCCCCACAUCAACCUCAUCUUUGCCAACCAUAUCGCUGCCUUUCUUUUCGAUGCAAUCCUUUUCAACGUGCCCAUCUUCUUCCAGGGCGUCCUUCUCAUCUCCGCAACAUCCUCCGGCCUGCACCUCAUCGCCUUCUCGGCGGCGGCUUCGACGGCAGCUACUGCAACCGGGUUUCUGAUCACGCGCACGCGGCGGUUGAAGUGGCCGCUCGUCCUCGGUGCCUCGCUCAUCGCCUUCGGGACUCUCUGCCUGUCCGCUAUGCAGCCCGGCUGGCCCGUCGCGGCCUACCUCGUCUCCCUGGUCCCCGCCGCGACCGGCAUGGGCUUCCAGUUCCCCGGCACCUUCAUGGCGGUGCUGGCCGUGGCCGAGCAGCGCGAGCAGGCCGUCGUGACCAGCACCCUGAUCCUGUGGCGCAGCCUGGGCAUGGUUCUGGGUGUCGCCUGGAGCUCGCUGGUGGUCCAGAACGCCCUGCGCUACUACCUGGGCCUGCUCGUCUCCGGGCCGGACAAGGAUGCCAUCGUGGAGCGCGCCAGGCGGUCGGUCGAGGCCAUCCGGGAGCUGCCGUCCCCCUACAGGGAGCAGGUGAUGCAGAGCUAUGAGGCUGCGUUGAGGCUGACCUUCUUGUGCUGUUUUGUGUUGGCCGUGGUGAGUUUGCUGUUGAUCCUCCCGGUGAGGCUGCCCAGGUUGGGCAAGAAGUCGUGA